GCGCGCUCCGUCCGCGGGGCCAUGCGGCGCGCCUAGCCGCGAGCCGGCGGGGCAGGGGCAGCCCUCCGCCGGAAAACUCCGCGCCGCCGCCCCCCCCUCCUUUCCUCCUCCUUUCCUCCUCCUUCCUCCUCUUCCUCCUCCGCGGAGCCCCGCGCGGGGCGAUGCCUCCCCGGGCGGCGGGCGGCGAUGGAGCGGGGCGCUAGCGCGGCGCCGCGGUGCGGAGCGGCCCCCUCGGCAGCCGGCCGCUGCCCCUGAGCAGCCGCGAGCAGCAGCAGCGGGAAGAGGAGGAGGAGGAGGAGGAAGGCCGGCCGGCGGGGUGCGUGCGCGGCGGCCAUGGAGGAGUGGAGGCAAUGCGGCCGCUGGCUCAUCGACUGCAAAGUUUUGCCCCCGAACCACCGGGUGGUGUGGCCGUCGGCGGUGGUCUUCGACCUGGCGCAGGCGCUGCGGGACGGGGUGCUGCUCUGCCAGCUGCUCCACAACCUUUCCCCGGGCUCCGUGGACCUCAAGGACAUCAACUUCAGGCCGCAGAUGUCCCAGUUUCUCUGCUUGAAGAACAUUCGAACGUUCCUAAAAGUCUGUCACGACAAAUUUGGGUUAAGAAACAGCGAUCUGUUUGAUCCCUUUGACCUCUUUGACGUCCGGGAUUUUGGCAAGGUGAUAUCUGCGGUAUCCAGACUCUCCUUCCACAGUAUUGCCCAGACCAAAGGAAUUAGGCCUUUCCCUUCGGAGGAGACCGCAGAAAACGAUGACGACGUCUAUCGGAGCUUGGAGGAGCUGGCGGACGAACAUGAUCUGGGGGAGGAUAUUUAUGACUGCGUCCCCUGUGAAGAUGAAGGUGAUGAUAUCUAUGAAGAUAUCAUCAGAGUGGAAGUUCAACAGCCCAUGAAAAUGGGAAUGACAGAAGAUGACAAAAGAAAUUGCUGUUUGCUAGAAAUUCAAGAAACUGAGGCCAAAUACUACAAAACACUUGAAGACAUAGAAAAGAACUACAUGAACCCACUGAAGCUGGUACUGACUCCCCAGGAUAUGGAAGCUAUUUUUAUCAAUUUAGAGGACCUAAUUAAAGUGCACUUCAAUUUCCUGAGAGCCAUCGACGUCUCUAUGAUGUCUGGAGGAAGCAGCCUGGCAAAAGUGUUUCUGGAAUUCAAAGAAAGGCUCUUGAUUUAUGGCAAGUACUGCAGCCACAUGGAGUACGCCCAGAAUACCCUGAACCACCUCAUCGCUAGCAGGGAAGACGUGCGGCAGAAGGUGGAGGAAUGCACACUAAAGGUUCAGGAUGGGAAAUUCAAAUUGCAAGAUUUGCUGGUGGUUCCAAUGCAAAGAGUUUUGAAAUAUCAUCUCCUGUUAAAAGAGCUGCUGAGCCAUUCAUCCGAUCGGCCAGAAAAGCAACAGCUCAAGGAAGCUCUGGAGGCGAUGCAGGACUUGGCUAUGUAUAUAAACGAAGUAAAGAGGGACAAAGAGACUUUGAAGAAAAUAAGUGAAUUUCAGAGCUCUAUAGAAAAUCUGCAAGUGAAACUGGAGGAAUUUGGGAGGCCGAAGAUAGAUGGUGAACUGAAGGUCCGCUCCAUAGUAAACCAUACAAAGCAGGACAGGUAUUUAUUUUUAUUUGAUAAAGUGGUGAUUGUCUGCAAAAGGAAAGGAUACAAUUAUGAACUGAAAGAAAUUAUUGAGCUGCUCUUCCACAAGAUGACUGAUGACCCUAUGAACAACAAGGACAUUAAAAAGUGGUCGUACGGCUUCUACCUAAUUCACCUCCAAGGAAAGCAGGGCUUCCAGUUCUUCUGCAAGACGGAAGAGAUGAAGAGGAAGUGGAUGGAGCAGUUUGAAAUGGCAAUGUCCAACAUAAAGCCAGAGAAAGCCAAUGCAAAUCAUCAUAGCUUUCAGAUGUACACAUUUGAAAAGACUACCAACUGCAAAGCAUGCAAGAUGUUCCUAAGAGGGACAUUCUACCAGGGCUAUCUUUGCCCAAAAUGUGGAGCAGGUGCUCAUAAGGAAUGCCUGGAAAUCAUUCCCCCCUGCAAGAUUGGUUCUUCAGCAGACCAGGAGUCCCUGGGCGCCGGACCUGGUCCUAAAAUGGUGGCAGUCCAGAAUUACCAUGGUAACCCCGCGCCUCCUGGGAAGCCGGUGCUCACGUUUCAAACAGGAGAUGUGAUCGAACUGCUGCGGGGAGACCCGGACUCGCAGUGGUGGGAGGGGAGGCUGCUGCAGACAAAGAAGUCAGGCUAUUUUCCCAGCUCAUCAGUAAAGCCCUGUCCUGUUGACGCAAGGCCUCCCAACAGCCGGCCUCCGUCAAGAGAGAUAGACUACACGGCGUACCCUUGGUUUGCAGGGAACAUGGAGCGGCAGCAGACGGACAACUUGCUGAAGUCCCACGUGAGCGGCACCUACCUGAUUCGAGAGAGGCCAGCAGAGGCUGAGCGCUUUGCAAUCAGUAUUAAGUUCAAUGAGGAAGUGAAGCACAUUAAGGUGGUGGAGAAGGACAACUGGAUUCACAUCACAGAAGCCAAAAAAUUUGAAAGCCUUCUGGAGCUGGUUGAAUACUACCAGAACCACUCACUGAAAGAGAGUUUUAAACAGCUGGAUACGACGUUAAAAUACCCGUACAAAUCUCGGGAACGUUCUACCUCCAGGACCUUCACCCGCUCUCCAGCCUCCUGUGCUUCCUACAACUUUUCUUUUCUCAGUCCUCAGGGCCUCAACUUUUCUUCUCAGACCUCCUCCACUCCCUUCUGGUCAGUGUUCACCCCACGAGUCAUAGGGACAGCAGUGGCACGAUACAACUUUGCAGCACGGGACAUGCGGGAGCUCUCCCUGCGAGAGGGCGACGUGGUGAAGAUCUACAGCAGGAUAGGUGGCGACCAGGGAUGGUGGAAGGGGGAGACCAACGGCAGAAUUGGUUGGUUUCCCUCAACAUAUGUGGAAGAAGAGGGGGUACAAUGAUGGUGGAACUGUCUGGUGGAAAGUCAUCAAGCGCCCAGAACGAGCCGCUGCAGACCAUGCACAGUUGUCCCAACACCCAAGGCUCCAAGUGAAACACAGUCGGACGUCUCCCAGUACUGUCGAGAACAACACGUCUCUUGCAGACUCUUUAGCAAUCAGUUCCUCUGUACAGUGUGUGUGUGUGCGCGUGCAUCAGGGGGUUGCCGCUGGCCUUGGUUGUGUUACUUGUAUAGAAGAUUCAUGAUCUAUCAGAUAAUGUUUGUGUAGCAGCUGCAGAAGAGUCCUGGGAAAGGCACAUUCCCCUGCAUGGACAGAGCUGAAAGACUCUAUGCAGUUACCACCAGAGGAUGGUGUCCAAACUUGUUUGUGUUUUAAAAUCCACCAUGGUGUUGGUGGGAGGGUGAAGCUGAAGGUUUGCUCCUGGGCUGGUGCCCAGGUGUGCAAAGGUGAGCAUUUUCAGAUCUCUAAGGAGAGGGAGUGAUGUGGCCCCGCUACAAAGAAAUGCAGUCUCCUACCUGCCAAGCUGCCUCACCUGCUGCUCACAUGGGACUCCACUGGAUGAUGAUUUUGGUAGUCUAAUUGGUAGGCUGAACAGCAGCACCCAGCGCCGCUGCUCUCUGACUGGGAUGAGAGAGCACAGCAGGGACACUUGUGCUUGGAACGAAGAAAUGUCUGUUUGUUAUUUCUGUACGGAUGCCAGCUGCAAAACAAGGAGCAGUUUUGACCAGCAGACGUAGGCUGGAAGUCAAACUCCAGGCUCAGGCAGGGCAGGAAAAAACCUCUUGGCAUCCCAAGCCCAUUUUCUUUAAAACUACCUUUAGUCCCACUAGACUUGCUCAGGGUGGACGGGACAACCCUGGAUGCUGACUGGUCCCACUGGUUAGCAGGAGGUCUCAUCAUGUUGCAGGCCCAGGAAGCAUGCCUUGCUAAGCAAGGGUUUUGGAAGCCACCUGAGCACCAGGCACGCACACAGGAGCGGACAAGGGCGUGCAUCUGCAGGUCCACCAUGCCAUCGCUCCCAACCUUUUAUGAACAUGAGCAGCCUGGGCCAGGGCUGUUGCCUUUUCCUGCAGCUGUUAGAAGUCCCACCUCACUGAGCUCGGUGGGGCAAACCCAGACGAGUAAGGGCUACAGUAUCACAUCCCAAUUUAUCUCAAUAGGUUGUGAAAGCAUCUCUUCUUCCCCACCUGUGUGCACUUUUAGGGGCUGUGAGCAUUGCCCCUUCCCUUCCUCCCACUGGCUGUUACCUGCUGCUGCUGUAAAGGAGAUGAUCCAUCUCUCUUUGUAUUGCCACUUUGUCCGGAGUAUUGUCCUUCUGAGUUUGUUGCUUUUCAAAUUGAGGCCCCCUGUUGUAGAUAGAGCUGUUGGGUGGAAAUCCAGGCCAGGUGACUUCUGCCAGGCACUGGCUUUGCUCUCCAGCUCCACAGUUUUCUUUCAGAGUGCUCUGUUUCGAGCAAAUACGUGUGUGCGACAAGGAACAGCGUUCCUCUAUCCUAUUUUCAAGCUCCCAGAAAUGCCCUCCGGUCACCUUGAAUAAGUAGCCUUUGGAGUUGGUGCUUCCAUACCUGAAGUUGUUCCCCAAACACACAGGCCUUGGGGCUCACCGAGGCUUUGCUGUGGGGCACUCAGUCUCCAGACCAGAUUGUUGGUGUUACACUAGCGCCCAUCCAGGGAUGCUGAUGUUGCCCAGGUGCACCUCGAUGUCCUCCAGAGCAGCCCUGGGUCUCUGACACCGGGGUGCCAAAGCUUCCUACAAAUGGAACAGUGGUGGCUUGCUCAGGAUAUUAAAGAGGAGAGUUUGAAGCUGUCAGUGAAAAGGGAAAUGGAUUAACUUUGAAGCUGAAUUUUGUUGCCCUGUGAUGAGCCCUAAGCCCCAUCGCUUUGCUCCCCAGCAGGGCCUGGAGUCAAGCAAGUGCCCCGUUGCUCCACGAUCCCUGGGGCCAUGGCUGCCGGUGAAGCUCUUGUGUUGCACAGUAUCACAGGGCCUAUGUUGCGUUACAAGCGUUUAGGCUGUACAUGGCAUAUGGCCAGGGGAAAUUCGCACUGUGUGUUUUGCUCUGCAAAGCGAUGGUGAGAGUGGUGUGGCUGCAGAGCAUGGCUCGUGGCUCUGCCAAGGUACUGUUUGGUGCUAACCUCUUCCAGACCAAGCCAACAAGAUUGUCUUGGUGCUCGCUUGCGAUGUUUUAAAGGGGUCCAUUUUGCAGAAGGAGUCAAACUGCUUGUGCUCUGGAAGGGAGAACUCCUUGGGGUGUAGCAAGCGAGGAGCUCAGAAAUUCCCUGCUCGCUCCUAUGCAAGCUGAAGGGCCCUGCUCUAUUUUCUGUAGUUUUGGUGUAGCUGAGGGUGUAUUUGAGGCGGAUGAGACGCACACACACACAUGGAAAAACUCACGGUGGUUCACAUAUGCCUCAGAUACUGCUAAAGCCUUAUGUGACCCUCCUGUUUCAAAUACCUGAUUUUCCAAACCUUUUUGUGGCAGUGAGGGCAUCCCCUUUCGAAGAGCGUGCACGUCUCUGUCGCAGGAGAUGAGGAGCCGUCUCUCUUCCGUAGAUCCUGUAGCGUAUCUAGUACCUUUGCCAGUUACCGAACUAUGUGAUAGACGCAGUAGCUGCCUGUAAGUGAUGAGCGACUCCCCCUUCCCAAUGCCCAGCCAAAUCAGUCAUUCCUCAGAAAAGAUCUCUCUUGUGUUUACUGUUGUAAGAAACUUGUUUUAAAAGAUUGUUUUGUUUGUAAGUAAUUAUUCAGCCAUUUGCCACAAUAUAUAUCUGUGAAUAAGAAGGGAAAUGUUUUUUAUGACGGUGAGAAAAUUGUAUAUAUAUUUUAGUUCAUCGCAGAACAUUCAAAAUUGCAAUGGAAUACGUUGGAAAAUAAUAUGUAAAUUCCUUGAGUUUUUCCUUUGCACUGCACUAACUGGGGUAGAGUGGGGUUGGGUGGAGGGGAUUUAAAGAUAAUGCUGUUUGUUUAUGGAAUAGUUCAUAGCUGGGAAUUUGGAAAUCAUUUGGAAUAGCUUGUAAUGCUGGAAUAGAAACUUUAGCUGCUACUUAGAAACCCUUUUGCAUGUGGUUUUUCCAGAUCUUUAAGUUACAAUGCAUCAGAACAAAUUCUACAACAACAACAACAAAAGUGUAAUUUUGUUGAUAGGUUUUUUCGAACCAUGGUUUUUACUGCCAAUAAACAUGCAAUCUUUCCUGCGUAAA